AUGAAACGCCACGUCCGUUUGCUUGCCCUCGCCGCCGCCAUGAUCAGCGGAUUCGCCAAUGCCCAGGUCAGCGUCAGUGAUGCCUGGGUGCGCGCCACCGUGCCGCAGCAAAAGGCCACCGGCGCCUUCCUGAAACUGCAGGCCGCCCAGGACAGCAAGCUCGUCGCAGCGACUUCGCCCCUGACGCCGGUCGUCGAAGUCCAUGAGAUGGCCAUGCAGGACAACGUGAUGAAGAUGCGCCAGGUGCCGUCCAUCGCCCUGCCGGCAGGCAAGACCGUGGAGCUCAAGCCCGGCGGCUACCACGUGAUGCUGCUGGACCUCAAGCAGCAGGCAAGGACGGCAAGCGUGAAUCCGUUCAGGUGCAGGCGCCCGUACGCCCGCUGGCCACCAAGGCGGCGCCCUCGGGCCACGAUCACAAGCACUGACACAGGGCCCAUGCGCUGCAGCAGCCUCCGCAUCAAGCGCUGGGUGGCCUUCGGGCCACCCGCCUGGCCGUGGGCGUUGCCGGGCGCACGACAGCGGCGCGACCAGGGCCGGCGCUUUGCCGCCUGGAUGGCUGCGGCGCUGCUGUUCGCCUUUGUGCACCCUGCCCUGGCGAUGGUGCUGGCAUCGGGCCAGGGCAGUGGCGACCCGCUGGCGCGGCUGGCCAUGGAAGUCUGCACGCCCCUGGGCCUGCAGCAGGCGCAACCGGCAUCUGCUGCGGGGGAGCCUGAAGCCAAGGAGCAGACCACGGCAGCCGGCCAAGCGCAUUGCCCGCUGUGCCGGGUCGUGGGCGAUGCCCCUCCUGAUGUGUCCCGC